AUGACUAAGAAGGUCAUCAUCUUAGCAAAUGAUCUCUGCACGUCUCUAAACCAUGCUCUAAACGCCACGCAGCAGGCAGGUAUCGAGUUUCACGUCAACGCAAUUAAAGUUUUCAGGAUGUUUCAAGCCCGUGGGUCAUUUCAAGGUUCCAGAGGUACCCGCUUUGCACAAAUGCUCAUGGAGAAUAUACCUGAGGCAUCAACACAGACUGAACCAUCCAACCCUGCCGCAACGUCAAAUCAACCAAGCAAAUAUACUUCUUACAAACAAGGGAAGGGUUCGUAUAAAAAUGGUUAUGCCAAACCAACAGCUUCACCUAAAACACUGAUUGAAAUAUACAAGCAAGGUGAGACAAACGCCAUCUCUUUGAUCCAUCAGCUUGCCCAGGUUUUGCAGUUCCACUUGGAGAUGAAGGAGACAGUGACUCCAGGCAAUUUACCAGGGCUUUAUUUUGCCUUUUGCGUGGUGAUUGAUGGGUUUGAGUACAAGACUGGUGUUGGAAUAACAAAGAAGGAGGCUCGACUGAAAGCGGCACAGCUCGCUCUGUCGGACCUGCUGCCCACCUUGUCUGACUUCCCUGAAGGAGCAGAUGCCCCUCCAACACUGCCAGUAAAAGAGGAGCCCUCCAUCUCUGACCUUCAUCCUUGUAAAGCCGAUCAUGAAAGAACAAGUCCUUUAAACCACCGGAUUCCCAACGCUGUCAAGGAUCACCUCACUAAACUGAUGAACAACCACCCAGAGUUCACUGCCUGCGCUGGCACCACAGCAGCGUUCAUCAUACAGACUCCCGGCGGAUAUGAUGUGGUCGCUCUCGGCACUGGAAACUUUAAUACCAAAGAGAGUACCUCGUUGAGUGGACGUGUUGUGCAUGAUUCACAUGCAGUGGUUACUGCAAGGAGAUCUCUUAUGAGGUGA